GGCAGGUCUUGUGGGCGGGUCCAAUCGGCUGGGAGCCUCGUGGAGGCUGAGGUGAGUCCUGGAGGUACGCGGUUGGGGCGGAGAGCCUUAUCUGCGGCUCCGAUUUUGCAGAUUCUGGCUGAGGCGUUCGUGAGGUCAGCAGCAGCCGAGACGGACGUGUUUAAGGCCGGUUGCUAGGGCUGGGGGAACUCAGGUGACUGCGGGCGUCCCUACAGCAGUACUUGGAAGCCCCUCAGCUACUCGGCGCGGUUGCGGGUGCUGAGCAGAGCUGCCUGACCAUGCGUAUGCACGGGCUUGCCUGAGGAUGAUCUGACCGUGUUUUCGGUGUGUGGAACCCUCCGUCACCCUCUCCUGACCGAAGACUCGUUUAGGAAUGUGUGGCAGAUUGCCUCACCUGUGGUAUCAGACAUCAUAACAUGGGGCUCACCAAGCAGUACCUACGCUAUGUUGCUAGUGCAGUCUUUGGUGUUAUCGGCAGCCAAAAAGGUAAUAUUGUCUUUGUGACACUUCGUGGUGAGAAAGGACGUUAUGUGGCAGUACCAGCUUGUGAACACGUUUUCAUCUGGGACUUAAGGAAAGGAGAGAAGAUUCUUAUCCUUCAGGGGCUUAAACAAGAAGUUACUUGCUUAUGCCCCUCCCCAGAUGGGCUACACUUAGCUGUUGGGUAUGAGGAUGGGUCGAUCCGAAUCUUCAGUCUCCUGAGUGGGGAAGGAAAUGUGACCUUCAAUGGUCACAAAGCAGCUAUCACUACUUUGAAGUAUGAUCAGCUAGGAGGCAGACUGGCAUCUGGGUCCAAGGACACAGAUAUUAUUGUAUGGGAUGUGAUCAAUGAAAGUGGUCUGUACCGUCUAAAGGGGCACAAGGAUGCCAUCACACAAGCAUUGUUUCUACGAGAAAAGAACCUGCUAGUUACUAGUGGGAAAGAUACCAUGGUGAAAUGGUGGGACCUUGAUACUCAGCACUGCUUUAAAACAAUGGUUGGCCACCGGACUGAGGUAUGGGGGUUGGUUCUGGUGUCAGAAGAAAAGCGACUCAUCACUGGGGCCUCAGACAGUGAACUGAGGGUAUGGGACAUAGCUUACCUGCAAGAGAUUGAAGACCCGGAAGAACCAGACCCCAAGAAAAUCAAAGGAUCUUCUCCUGGAAUACAAGAUACUCUCGAGGCAGAGGAUGGUGCCUUUGAGAUGGAUGAAGCCCCCGAGGAUCGAAUCGUUUCAUGCAGAAAAGGUGGUUCCAUAAUGCGGGAAGGAAGAGACAGAGUUGUAAACCUUGCAGUCGACAAGACAGGCAGGAUUCUUGCUUGCCAUGGAACUGAUUCUGUGCUAGAAUUGUUUUGUAUCCUUUCCAAAGAGGAAAUUCAGAAGAAAAUGGAUAAGAAGAUGAAGAAAGCUAGAAAGAAAGCAAAAUUACAUUCUUGCAAAGGAGAGGAGGAAGAUCCUGAAGUUAAUGUUGAAAUGAGUCUGCAAGAUGAAAUCCAGCGGGUGACUAAUAUCAAAACUUCUGCCAAAAUCAAAUCCUUUGACUUGAUUCAUUCACCUCAAGGAGAGUUAAAGGCUGUCUUCCUGCUGCAGAACAACCUGGUGGAAUUGUAUUCACUGAAUCCAUCCUUGCCUACUUCUCAGCCUGUCAGGACAAGCAGAAUCACCAUUGGGGGACAUCGCAGUGAUGUGCGGACUUUGUCAUUCAGCUCAGACAAUAUUGCUGUUCUUUCAGCUGCAGCUGAUUCCGUUAAAAUAUGGAACAGGUCUACACUGCAGUGUAUUCGCACAAUGACCUGUGAAUAUGCGCUUUGCUCAUUCUUUGUACCUGGUGAUAGACAGGUGAUCAUAGGAACAAAGACAGGGAAGCUGCAGCUUUAUGACUUGGCUUCAGGGAAUCUGCUGGAGACAAUAGAUGCACAUGAUGGAGCUUUAUGGUCCAUGUCCCUCUCUCCAGAUCAGCGUGGCUUUGUGACAGGUGGUGCAGAUAAAUCUGUCAAAUUCUGGGAUUUUGAGUUAGUGAAAGAUGAAAAUAGUACCCAAAAGAGACUUUCUGUGAAGCAAACCCGAACUUUGCAACUAGAUGAAGAUGUUCUGUGUGUCAGUUACUCUCCCAAUCAAAAGCUAUUGGCUGUGUCUUUGCUGGACUGUACUGUGAAAAUUUUCUAUGUUGAUACUUUAAAGUUUUUUCUGUCACUGUAUGGACACAAACUGCCUGUUAUAUGCAUGGACAUCUCUUAUGAUGGAGCACUCAUAGCAACUGGCUCCGCUGAUAGGAAUGUGAAAAUCUGGGGUUUGGACUUUGGGGACUGCCACAAGUCUCUCUUUGCACAUGAUGACAGUGUGAUGUACCUACAGUUUGUACCCAAGUCUCACCUCUUCUUCACUGCCGGAAAAGAUCAUAAGAUUAAACAGUGGGAUGCAGACAAAUUUGAACACAUACAGACUCUGGAGGGGCAUCACCAGGAAAUAUGGUGUUUGGCUGUAAGCCCCAGUGGAGACUAUGUUGUAUCAUCGUCCCAUGACAAAUCUCUGAGACUUUGGGAGAGAACAAGGGAGCCUCUUAUUCUUGAGGAAGAAAGGGAGAUGGAAAGAGAAGCAGAAUAUGAGGAGAGUGUGGCCAAAGAAGACCAACCAGCAGUUCCAGGAGAGACUCAAGGCGACAGUUACUUUACUGGAAAGAAAACUAUUGAAACAGUGAAAGCAGCUGAGAGGAUUAUGGAGGCUAUUGAGUUGUACCGAGAAGAAACUGCAAAAAUGAAGGAACACAAAGCCAUUUGUAAAGCUGCGGGGAAAGAGGUUCCACUUCCCAGCAACCCCAUCCUAAUGGCUUAUGGCAGUAUCUCACCUUCAGCUUAUGUAUUAGAGAUUUUUAAAGGGAUCAAGUCAAGUGAGCUGGAAGAAUCUCUACUUGUGCUGCCUUUCUCUUAUGUCCCAGACAUUCUUAAACUCUUUAACGAAUUCAUUCAGCUGGGUUCUGAUGUUGAACUUAUAUGCCGGUGCCUCUUCUUCCUCCUCAGGAUUCACUUUGGACAGAUCACUAGCAAUCAAAUGCUUGUGCCAGUGAUAGAAAAAUUAAGGGAAACAACUAUUUCAAAAGUCAGCCAAGUCCGGGAUGUUAUCGGCUUCAAUAUGGCUGGUCUUGAUUAUCUCAAGAGGGAAUGCGAGGCAAAAAGUGAAGUUAUGUUUUUUGCUGAUGCUACUAGCCACUUGGAAGAGAAGAAGAGGAAGAGGAAAAAGAGGGAGAAGUUGAUUCUAACAUUGACUUAGAACUGAAAUGUGGUAUCUUUUUUUUUUUUUAACUUUUUCCUUAAAAGGACUCCUAAACUAAGCACAGAAGAGUUGGCGUCAUCUUAAAAAUACCAAAUAACAGAAGAUCACAUUGCAGAUGAUAUCAGGAUGUGGUUUCCAGCUUUGCCUGGGGGAAUUCCAACAUGAGAUUAUGGGCUGGCUCCAUUUCUUGGACUUAAAAUUCAUGAUUAGUUUAAAAAUCUUUCUGUGCUCUCAAAGCUUGAGCCUUGCAGCUCAAACUUGUUGUUCCCUUUAUAUUCUAGCAGGGAAUAAAUAAUUGUUUUAAUUAGGUAUUUGUUUCAUUGGAGUUGAAAUUAACAUUUCAAAAGUUUUUCGUAUUUUUUUAUGGCAGAUGAUUUAUCAUUUAUUUAUAUUAGGUUUUACUGCCUAUUGAGACAACCAGGUGCAUAAUUGAUUGCCCUCUGGCCAUAAAAAUGCAGUAUCGUGGACCCUCCGAGCUAAAAAGGACUGUAAAAAUUACCCAGUACAGCCUCCUCAGACUUAACCUUCUGCAAGUUAUGUCUGUGUAUAAGAAGAUUCUAAUUGCUAACUGUUUAUACUUUUCUGAAUAAAAUAGUUGUUUCUAAUUAAAGAGUAGCCAAGCUAAGAUCUAGCGGUCCGGCCGCAGGGGUUAUUCAGGGAUGCACCGAGAAGUAGUGAGAAGAAUGGUGAAAGAAAGACACAGAAAAGCGGGAUUAGGAGGGACGGUUCCCUGAUAGGGAAGCGCCGACAAGCUCUGGUUUAUUCAGUGCUUUUAUACAUGCCAGGGGUUAACAGUCCAGACAAUAACUAUUUUUGUCUUCGUUUGAUGCGGCCUCCGCAGUUUGCCCUGUGCUAACCAUUAACUAUGAGAAGCCAUUCACAGCGCUUCACUGAUCUGGUAAGAACAGGAAGCUACCCAUAACAGGAUCUUCAGUGGUGGUCUUUGCCAUCCCACCUACUUCCCUGUCUGCAGGCUUUGCCAAUGCAUGGGAAUGUGAAUUUGGCUCUCCACACUAAGAUGCCUGGCUGGGCUUCUGAGGAAUUAAUACACUCGUGUGUGUGUGUGUGUGUGUGUGUGUGUGUGUGUACGUGUGUACGUACAUAUACAGUUGACACUUGAACAAUGCAGGUGGUAGGGGCGCUGACCGCCCCCCACUCCCUGCCCCGCACAGUCAAAAAUCUGCAUAUAACUUUUGAUUCCCCAAACUCUUAAGUACUAGUAGCCUGUUAUUGACUGGGAGCCUGACUGAUGUAUUAUAUAUAUUGUAUACUGUAUUCUUAAAGUAAGCUAGAGAAAAGAAAAUGUUACUUAGAAAAUCAUAAGGAAGAGAAAAUAUAUUUACUGUGUUUAUCAAUA